AUGAAAAUGCUGAAUAAGAGAGGAGGAAUCGGAGCAGGCGCACCCGCGCGCGAGCAGUUUGAAAAUGGAGCCGCAGCUGUUAUCAAAGGGUUACGCAGAAUAGAAGCACAUCAGUUAAAAACAGUAUGCAUUUGUCAACUUUUGGUGUGUGUUGCAGAAGGAAAAUCACUUGAUUCUCAUUUUGGAAGUGAUCAAAAAAUUUCAUCUCUGGAAAAUGCUCUGUCAGUUUGGACUUCACUUCAAAAAGUACAAAGUAAACAAGAUAAACUACAUGAAGAUAUCAAAUGCUUAAUUCAGAUUCAGGCUGUAGCAGUGUACAUGGAAAAAGGCUAUUUUAAGGAAGCUACAGACGUCUUAGAAAGGCUAUUUCCAGAAUCUCUUUCAAAUGAGCCUUUAAGAAUGAAGCUGGUUGCAAUAACAAAACAAAAAGAUCCAUAUCACCAGUUCCUCCAGCAUUUCAGUUUCAACCUUAUGACUGAGAAAAUCAAAUACUAUGUUAGUAUGUUCUUAAAUGAAGAGUCUAACAAUUUUCUAAUGAAGGAAGCUACAAAAGAGGCAGAAACUAAAAAAUCAGAAAAAAUAGUAACACACAAACAGUACAGUGAAAAUGAAGCAAAUGCAAAAAACCUCUUGGAAAGUAUACAAAGAUCACAUAAACAGUCUUGGUCCUUAACUGGUCAAGCAGUUUGGGAUUUGGGACAGAUACGGUGUCCCCCUAGAACAAGAAUUACAAAACGGAAAGCUCUCCAAAGUAAGAAACAUUUGCAGAGUAUUGAAAAUGUUCAGGAAGGUGAAAACGAUCUACUUGCUUGUCAGAAGAGACAGCGCUGGAGCUUUGAAGAAGACAAGAAACUGAAAGAAGGUGUACGGAAAUUUGGUGUAGGAAACUGGACUCAGAUUCUUCAACAUUAUGACUUCAACCAUCGAACUAAUGUAAUGUUGAAAGAUAGGUGGAGGACUAUGGUUCGGUUAAGCAUGGUUUAGUUGUCUCUCCUAAGUAGUGUACCCAUUGUUGUAUAACUCUCACGCCACACUUUUUUUCCAACUUCUUACUCUCUGUAAGAAGUACAAUAAUGUAAAUUAAUGCAUAUUUUCUUUACUAAAAAUAAUGUUCAUUUUCAAUGUUUUUAGUACAUUCUAUAUGCAUCUUGGUUCUUGUAAAUAGUUUUUAAUAAAAUAAAGCAAUAAUGCUAACUCCCGCCUAGAGAAUGCAGCAUCCAGGCUUACUUCCAGGCCCUUAGGAGUAUCUCUUGCAUAAAUUUUGUCACUAAACUGUUUAACAUUGAAAAUCCGAACAUAUUUAUGCUACCAAAUGUGCUACUGAACUCAACAAGAUU